UAGAAGGGUUAGACUGAAGAACCCAUGGCGACGUGAAACACUCGCCGCAGGCUCCGAUGAGAGUGAGCGCAGGGGAGAAAGCAACAGGAUUGAGCAUACGGAAGAAAUCACUUAAGUACUUUGUUAAUAUACACUGUGGAAAAGGAAUCUAAUGAAAAAGACAUCAUUGAAUCGCCAUUGGUUUUAAGGUCUCUUUGACUCUUUCCACAAUGAGUGCCAUACAGAGGACCAGCAAUACUCUGACCGCCUUCUACCCCAUCUCCCGAGGAAUCACAAUGGUCUCCAGACCUCCAUCUUCCACUGGAAGGCGUCCUUGGUCUUCUUGCACCCAAGCCUCAACCAGAUCUUCCACAAGUAAUUCCGUUGAUGUCACUGCAGAUCCCUACUUGUCCAAUGCGGAAAUUGAAAACAUUGUUUUUCAAAGAGUAAAAGAAAAACAGACGGAUCUAAGGAAAGCUUUCCGUGUGUAUGAUGUGGAGAAUAACUUGACAGUUACUACAGGGGAGUUCCGUCGGGUAGUUGAAAGCUUCAUUCAGCCAUUGACAGAUGCACAGUUUAGCACACUUUUGAAAAAGGUCCCAAUGAAAAACACUUGGACAGUAUUCUAUGAAGAGUUUCUUGGAAAGUGUUGUAGGCUUUCAACUGCAAAUAGCAGGUGUCGAUCAAGUGGUGAUAAUCCCACCAUGACGCUAGCAGAAAUUCAACUUCGUCUGAAAGACAAGAUUUCUAGGAAUCUCAAAAAUAUCAUCAGGGCCUUUCGACUCUUUGACUACAAUCGAGAUGGUCUAAUCCAGAUGCACGAAUUUAGAAGAGUUCUUGAGAGUUACUGCUUCCGUAUGGCAAAUAAAGAAUUCACUAAACUUUGGUCCCAUUACACCGUGGGGAACACCUGCACACUCGACUACAAGGAGUUCCUAAAGAAACUUGGAUUGAACUGUGAGGCUUACAGCAGACCAGUUCCAGAAAGUACCAAGCUAGUGCUGAACUGGGAAGCUGUGCAACAUGAACAGCAGAAGCUUUUGAAAAACAAGAAACCAGCAACGCCGUCUGAUGUUAUUUCAGUGGAAGGGUUAACUUUGGAUGAGAUUGUGUUGGCUUUGCGUAAAAAGAUUCUUGCUCAUUAUGUGGACAUUGAGAAAUCUCUGCAAGCUUUUGAUCACAAGAAAAGUGGAUUUGUGUCAUCAUCAGAUCUAAAGUCUGUUCUUAGUAGCUUUGUUUUUCCCAUGAGUGACAACACCUUCCAAAGAGUACUUAGCUGGUAUGGAUUCAGAGAAAAUGGUGGAAUUCCAUGGGAAAAAUUCAUUUCCAUGUUCCGAGAACCCAUGAUGACCAGACGGUGUCAGACAGCACCAACCAAGACACAGCAAAAGGUCAGCCUCUUUCAGGAGCCUUCUGAACAGUUUUCUACAAGAGACAUUUUACAGAAGCUCAGAGAACAUGUCCAGGCAGCUUACCCAUCACUGAAGAAGGCCUUCCUGGUGUUUGAUGAUAAUCGUGAUGGAAAAAUUACAAGGCCUGAACUGCGCAGGAUUUUAGAAGGCUUAACCUUUCGAAUGACAGAUAAUCAAUUUAAAGAGCUCAUGAUUUUACUGGAUCCAGAACAUACGGGCAUUAUCAGCUACCAUCGAUUUCUAGAGUUGUUUGAGCUGAAAGAGUCUAUGGAGGGCCACAAGUGGCUAAAUGGAGUGCAUGAAGCUCCAACAGUGAAGGAUCCAGAAGUAUCGACUUUGGCUCUGAAGACAGUUGAAGGCAUCUUGGCUGAUAAAAUCUCUGACAACUGGAAGGAAAUUAUUAAAGCCUUUAAAUGUUAUGAUUCAGCAGAAACAGGAUGCAUCAGCCAGAAGGCACUGCUGAAAAUCUUGCAGACAUACUGUCUGCGUCUCUCAGAUGAACACUUUGAGGACAAUGGCCUAACAGUCGCAUCUUUCAUUCUAGGUACUCUACCAUACGAAUAUAAAAUAGUGAUUGCCGGAAACCACGAACUGACUUUUGACCAGGAAUUCAUGGCCGACUUGAUAAAGCAGGACUUUUAUUAUUUCCCAUCUGCAUCAAAACUGAAGUCUGAGAACUAUGAAAAUGUCCAGUCCCUUCUCACAAAUUGCAUAUACCUGCAGGACUCAGAAGUGACAGUGAGAGGGUUCAGGAUAUAUGGCUCCCCAUGGCAGCCCUGGUACAACGGCUGGGGCUUUAAUCUCCCACGAGGUCAGGCACUGCUGGACAAGUGGAACUUAAUCCCUGAUGGCACAGAUGUGCUUAUCACACAUGGGCCUCCUCUAGGUUUCUUGGAUUGGGUUCCUAAGCAGAUGCAAAGGGCAGGAUGCAUGGAGCUUCUCAACACCGUUCAGCGACGGGUGCAACCGAAACUUCAUGUGUUUGGACACAUUCAUGAAGGCUAUGGUGUGAUGACUGAUGGAGGCACAAUUUACGUGAAUGCGUCUGCCUGUACCGUGAAUUUUCAGCCUAUGAACCCAGCAAUUGUAAUCGAUUUACCGACUCCUAGGAGCACAUGAUUGUAAAAGUCUAAACACCUAUUUUUACAAAACCUGAACAGUGGACACCCUGUAUAUACAGACACGCAAGGCUUUCCUUUCAUUUUAUGAGGUUUGCGUCAAUUCACUAAGAACUUAUUAAAGAGCCCUCAUCGUGAGUCAUUCAGCUGUUCUUCAUGAGCUCAGCCUGACAGCGAAAGAGAAGGCCAGAAGCAAGACUUUUUUUACAUGAAGUCUUAUACUGAUUUCUUUUUUUUCUUCUUUUCUUUUUUGGUAUUUCUCUUUGCUACUAUUAUGUACCUUUUCAGCAGCCUUUUUUUCGAUUGCAAGAGAUUUUCCCAAGUGGUUCAGUUUGUGUGUUUGCCAGCCAUUCAUCUCCUCUUCUCAUACACCUUAUUCAUUAAACUGUAAGAUAUGUGGUGCUUCUGUGUCUAACCAAUGGAUUGUAUUAUUGUUCACUAAGAUUGUUGAUUUCUCCUCUACUGUGCAUCAGCUUUUAUAGGUGCAGCCUCAACUUCUCAUUCUCCAGAAUAAAUUCUGUGUACACUUCAAGACUUAAAUUCUCUUGUACAGUCCACAUGAAGCUGAGCAGAAGAGGUGCUUUACCGCUCUCCAUGAGAGGCUGCCACUGGUUUUGACAGCCAAAAUUUGAAUUGCUUGUUGUUUAAAUAAUAUUGACUUAUGAAAAAAAAAAUUAAAACAACU